GAAUAGUGAUGUAGGUAUGACGUAGAUACAUGAGCUAUGACGUAGUAAAACAAUGACGUAAAAUGCAGAAGUGUUCAUGUUUUAGUUUGCGAUUAAAAAACAUUUUUCUUUGAAAGUGUGGUUUAUAUAUGCAGCCAUUGUUUUUGUUUUGUCAUAAUAAUAUAUUGUGAUGUCAUCGGACCUGGUCGAAAAGUUGGAAGCAGCGACUCAUGCAUCUUUGGCGCCACCUAACCUUGUUUCUCCCGAGCAGAGGAGGGAAGCCGAGGAGUUUCUGCUUUCGUUCCGAAGAUCUAAAGUUUCGUUCAAUGUUUGUUGGGAGAUAUUAGACAAAAGUUCCUCCCCAUCCGUUCAAUACCACGCUGCAGCCACGAUGAAGGAAUCAGUAAUCCGUGACUGGGAGACAAUGGAUGAUUCAACCCGAUUGUCGGUGCAACAAUUCAUUCUUAACUUCCUCACCCAACGACCCGGAAUCACAGGAUACGUGAGGGGUUUGUUGUCCAAUAUAUUCGCUGUCAUGCUCAAGCGAUCAAGUGUUGCGUCACAUGACCCAACGCAACGCCAUCCAUUCUACCAACACUUGGGGGCGCUAGUUGCUUCCAACAACGAAACAAUGGAAACCACCGCGUGCUCGAUAUUGUCGGCGAUCUGCGUGGAAUUCUCGGCUUCCGAUAAAUCAAGUAACGUCGGUUUGUCGUGGGAGCAACAUGCAAAGUGCAAAGCUCAGUUUGAGAAAUCGGAUCUUCCUCAAAUCUUCCAGCUAACCAUCCAAGUCCUCCACCAAACAUCAACCUCACCCAACCUACAAACUUCCAUGUGUGAAAAGUUUUAUUCAAUCGCCGAACAAAUAUUGUCGUGGAAGUUUUCACCAACCAUCCGGCAGCGACGAGCGUACCUUGAAUCCGAUUCCACGAUACGACAAAACUUCCAACCUCCUCAACAUUGGAAGCAACAAAUACUCGACCCCGCGUUGCUGCAAUUGUUCUUUAAUCUACACUCCAAAGUUCGCACCAAUGAAAGUUUGUGCCACUCGUCAACAUCAUGUUUGUCCCAACUUGCCUCACUGGAAGGGGAUGUGUUAAAGGAUGUGGGUGACAAUGUUCGGUAUCUUACACACUACCUGCAGGGGUUCCUCCAUGUUUACGCAAGUACCCAACCCCUACACCACGAAGCGCUCGGAAUAUCAAACAUUGUAAGAAACUUGGUUGAAUGUCACAAACUACAAAUAUGGUCGUUGCUCCCAAACGAGAUGAAUUUGUUCCCGAUGUUUUUGGAGCGAAUUGCUCGGUUUACGAUCGGCUUUGGUGAGGAAGCAGCCAAGGAAGAAGAGUUACACGAAGACGACCAUUUAUACAUGGAAGCGUUCGAAACUAUCCUCGACCCAUGGACCACCUUGAUAGAAUGCAUGAACCUUCAUGAUACCAUGGUGUAUAUCACACCAUGUGCCGAUAGCAUCGUGAAAAUGUACGUCAAGUGCCAUGUCUCAGCACCAGAGGGCAGUAGAACACAAACUAAUGAAGAUCUAGAGGAAGACAUCGACGAGCUGGAGGAGGAAGAUCGGGAGAAGUUUGGGUGUCAGUUGAUGUCGAUUGCUUCGUUAGCUCGUACCUCCCCGCAUACAUGUGUGCCGUUUAUAACUAGGCUACUAGAGGGUCGAACGGAUAGAUUGCACGGACAACUACAACGCGUUGGACAACAAGGGGGGGUUGGUGAUCCAAUGUUAUCGGUGUUGUUUGAGGAUGUACAUUGGCUGGUGUUGCUGGCAGGCCACAUCCUAGCCGACGAGUGCGAGGGUGAGACCCCGUUAAUUCCGCCUGAAAUAUUAAAGUAUUCAAUCGAUUCCAAACAUUUGGUUGAUGAGUCGGUGACGAUGAAGGUGUUGGGGUCACCUGAGGUCAAAAUCAACGAGAUACCGGGGGGGGAGAAGGCGUCGGAUCCGGUUGUCAGGUUAAGUUCUGCCGUUCUCCGAUUAAGUGAGGUUGAAACCCGAUGUUUGCGAGGGGGGUUGGCUGGUUUGUUGAGUCCACAGUUAGCACAAGAUAUCUUAUGGUUCCUCCGUUGUUGGGGGGCGACGUAUCUACUUUACCCCGAGGACAAUUACAAAGAGUUAAGCCCCGUCAUCACCCGUGCGUUCGGGCGUGACUCACCCGGUUCGAAAUGGUUGGUUGAACACUUCGUAAACAAGAUUAUGACAUCACUAUCGCAUUGGGGGUCGGAGUUAAAGGUGCUUGAAGAUUCAACGCAACUUCUUAUAAUGAUGGUGCAGAAUAACCACAGAUGUCACCUAGUGGUGGAAUGCCCUGAGUUUUGGGAUCUGUGUUCGAAGAUCAGCGAGAACGUUCACCCGUAUUCUACUUUACCAUUGUCGGUGAAACAGAACAUAUCAACAGCGCUGGUGCACGCUGGGUCGGCCAACAUGAACCAGUAUAAGGAUAAAUACUGGCAGCAGACCCUCCAACCCCUCCACCAUCGCUACCACAACCUCACCACCCACCCAACUUUCACACAACAUAAAGAUAAAGAAUCGACAAUACUUGAACUAUCUUCUAUCUUAUCCAUGCUGCAAGGAAUAUCCGCCGCAUCCACGCCAAGCAAUACAACUUAUCUGUUUGGAUUCCUCACCAACUUUCUACCAGAUUGUCCGAAGUUGAUUGACAUCUACCAUGGCAAUGAAAGCUUGGUUGUUCUGAUUCUUGAACUUUAUGUGGAGGUCGUUCAUAAACAAAUAUGUUACUUAAAGCAGACACAAUGCUCGCUGUUAUGUGAUUGGACGAUGAAUCUCCUCAAGUCGUAUAGUAACCAUGGUAACACGAUGACAUCAUCAGAGGAUGACAUCACACUCAUCAUUGAACUUCUAACCAACCUCCUGUCAAAAGAUUUCAUUGAUUUCAGCGAACCAGAUGCCGACGAAACUUGGUCCAUCCCCGGCGCCCAACCAAUGGAAACUUCGGCAGCGGACGUUGUUUUGUUCGGACUUGGAAUUAUUUUGCCAAACAUGAAUUCACAACUACUGUUGUAUCCCGAGCUAUGCAGUCAAUAUUUCAAGUUGAUAACCUUCUUGUGCGAAAUCUACCCUGAAAAGAUCGAGAAGUUAUCGGACGAAAUGCUUCAGUCGUUCGUUUAUUCUUUGCAAAUUGGAUUAAAGAGUUACGGUUGCGAUAAUUGUAAGUUAUGUCUUGAAGCCAUCGAGAGUUUAUCCACUCAUUGUUACAAGACAAAGGACGCUCCGUCAUCGUUGCAUAAUGUCGUGUCAUCUUUUACUAAGCUGGUAUUCGACUCCCUAAUCACCCACGCUGCCGACUUUGAGUUGGUGAGAACGGCGGGUGAAACAUUUUACUCCCUGCUGUGCUAUCAACCUCAACACACUGCUACGUUGCUACAACAGGUGAUUGACAGCCAGCAAGAUGAACAAACGAAACUUCGAUUAUCGACAUCGUUUGCGAACCUGACACACGAUGUCUCACUGCUCAACCACGACCGGAACUCACGAACCACUUUUCUUCGGAAUCUUGAAUCAAUUAUUUAUAAUAUCCGAGGAAUAUUGUGUGUUAAAUAAUCAUGAUUGUGAUGUCAUAACCGCCUUUUAUUCUCGAUGCAAUUAUUAUUUCAAAUAUUUUGUUUCAACAGAGUUAGGAUGUCUGUGGUGAAUAAAUAUCGGAGGCUGAUUGUUACGCAACAGAACUUAUCUCGGUUGAUAUCAACGUGCAGUCGAGAAUAUGCGAGAAGAAUAUUAAGGAUGGACAAGUCGUACACAAACCUGCA